UUUAAGAGUGGGUGGGCAACAAUUAUGGGACCAAUUUAAUGACCACAGGUGUUUCCAAUUUGAACCCUUUUGAACAUCCAAUCAGGAUGGGCUGCGUCCUACCUCUGAGUAUAAGACCUGGAGAUGAGCAUCCACAGCUCGCAUUACACUGUUGCUUCUGCUCAGCACGAAACAAACAUGGCGUCUGCAGGCCUCCAGAUUAUGGGCAUCUUCCUGGCAGCCAUCGGCUUCAUCGGAGCGAUCAUCACCUGCGCUCUGCCCAUGUGGAAGGUGUCUGCUUUCAUCGGGAGCAACAUAGUGGAGGCGCAGACCUAUUGGGACGGCCUGUGGAUGAACUGUGUGAUGCAGAGCACCGGGCAGAUGCAGUGCAAAAUCUACCCCUCCAUGCUGGCCCUCGCCAGUGACUUGCAAGCCGCCCGGGCCCUGAUGGUGCUCUCCAUCCUAGUCUCCGCCAUGGGACUCCUGCUCGCUGUGGUUGGAGGAAAAUGCACCAACUGCAUUGAAGACGACGCGGCCAAGAGCAAAGUCGCCAUUGCUGCAGGGGUGUUCUUCAUCGUCGGCGGGAUCCUGUGCCUCAUCCCUGCGUCCUGGACCGCGCACGAGGUCAUCAGAAACUUCUACAGUCCGAUUAUGCUGGAGGCCCAGAAGAGGGAGCUCGGAGCGUCUCUGUUCAUCGGCUGGGGAUCCGCAGGACUCUUGUUGGUUGGAGGGGCGCUUCUCUGCUGCCAGUGUCGUCAGUGCGAAGAAGACCGAUUCUCCGUCAAAUAUUCUGCCCCGCGCAAAGCAUCCAGCGGAGCUUAUGUGUAAAACCUUGUUAUGAUCUUAACUUUAUUAUUGCUUCAGCUUGUUUUUAUUACAUUUCUUUUUAAAAAUAAAUUUAACUUUGAAAUCAUCAAA